AUGGGACUUACUCCAGAUUAUGAAACAGUAACUUACUUAACUUCAAGAAAAACUACAUAUCAAUAUCAAACUGCUGCGCAAGUUGCAAAUGGUGCAGGCAUGUAUAUUGCUGUUCAACCAGACUAUGAUAUAACUUUUAUUGAAACUGAAGAAAGUUCUCUUGGAUUACUUGGUGGUGCAUGGUCAAUUGCUAUAGUUGCUUAUAAAUUACUUUUCGGCGAUGACGUAAUGCAGCCUUUUGGAGUAGUUCAAAAACAUGGCCAUUUUCACGAAUUAAAUCAAAAAAAAUUAACAGAACAUUUAUCUACAAUUCCUUUAGCUCAAGUUUCAUCUAAUAAUGAUGAUAAUUAUGAUAAUGAAAAUCAAGUUGUACAAUUAGAGAAAGAAAUUGGUGAUUUAGAAUUAUUUUUAAGAGAUUAUGUGGUUGAAGCACAACAAUUAGAUAAUGUUUAUAAAAAUAUUGAAACUUAUAAAAAUAAAUAA